CACAGACGCCUGUGAUGACAAAGACACACCACACACUGGACAACCAGCCUGUAGCCAGAGAUGACCGGCUUCCUAUCAGACCUGGUACAGUACCAGGGGCUCUUUCGAAUGGUCACUGUCCUGGGGAUUGGUGGAACAUUCCAAAUUGGCUUUCAAAUUUCUACAAUCACCUACAUGUCUCAGCAUGUUAAGGCUUUCAUUAAUGAAACAUGGCUAGAGCGCUAUGGCUACCCCAUCCAUCAGGAUAACCUCUUGUUCCUGUGGUCUAUCACUGUGUCCAUCUUUGGUAUAGGAGGUCUCUUGGGUUCUUCAGGAAGUAGAUACCUAACUGUCAAGUAUGGCAAAAAGAAAUGUCUCUUGUGCAACAAUCUGCUUAUGAUAGUGGCAGCAUCCAUCAUGGGAUGCAGUAAAAUAGCCCGGUCCUUUGAGAUGAUUCUAAUUGGACGCUUCAUGUGUGGAGUAAGUGCAGGUCUUUGUGUUCCUCUACAUCAUCAAUACGUUGGGGAAAUUUCCCCUAGGAAGCUACGUGGAUUUGCAAACUCUACUUCCUCUUUCUUUUGGUCACUGGGAAAAGCCGUAGGGCAAAUUUCAGGACAAAGGGAGCUGCUGGGCAGCCAGUCCCUCUGGCCCAUGCUGAUGGCCUCCUGUGGACUUCCAGCACUGGUCCAGCUGGUCACUCUGCCCUUCUUCCCCGAGUCUCCACCAUAUCUCCUCAUGCAUAAAGGAGACCAGGAGGGCUGCAAAAAAGCCAUAAGGCAGCUUUGGGGUGAAGGCCAUCACCAAGCAGAGAUUGAUGACAUCAUGAAAGAGAAGGCAACAAUGAAAAACACCAAGAUCUUGAGUGUCCUGGAGCUAAUGAAAGAACCAGCUUUCCGUUGGCAGCUGUACAUGAUAGUUAUUCUGACCGCCACAGUUCAGCUAUGUGGCAUCAAUGCAAUCUAUUUUUAUACUUUUGAAGUCCUCCAGGCAGCUGGCUUUGAUGAAAGAAUGAUAUCCUACAUGACCCUCUCUGUUGGGCUCUCUGAACUUGUAGCUGCUGUAGUUUGUAGCUCCAUCAUUGAGCGACUGGGCAGGAAAGUGCUCAUAAGAGGAGGCUAUUUGACAAUGGGUUCACUGCUAGCUGGCAUCACUGUUACUCUCUCCCUACAGGACUGGUAUUUCUGGAUGCCAUACUGCAGCCUUUGUCUGAUUAUUUUGUUUGUAGUUGUUUUUGGAGUUGGGCCAGCUGGUGCCACAGUUUCCAUUAGGGUUGAAAUUUUCAAGCUCUCAUGCAGACCCCCCGCCUUUGUGAUCAGCGCAGUUAUGAACUGGAUGGGCGUCUUUGUGAUCGGAACAACCUUCCCAUUCAUUGUGGAAAGACUCAAGCACUUCUGCUUCCUCAUCUUUAUGGGGGUACUUUUCACUUCAGGGAUAAUUAUCCACCUAUUUCUUCCAGAAACAAAAGGGAAAUCCAUCGUGGAAAUCACAGAAGAAUUCAAUAAGCUAAACUUUAAAAAGAAGCGUAUUCCGACAACUCCACAUCAUGUCACAGAGGAUCACACCUUCUGCACCAGGCUUUGACCAGCCGUUAGGGGGAGUCAGGUUUUCUUAAAAGGGAGGAAUAAAAAAAGACAUUUGUCAUUUUCUGACUAGCAAGUCGGUUCAAAUGCACUAUCAGCUUUCAUAUUUGUCACUUACAAGGUUCCCAUUUUGCCAAACCAGCACCUUUCUCAAGCACUCCACUCUGGGCAGCUUAGAAAAAGGAUGAUGGCUGAUACUAACAGGAUAGACUCGUGUGAAUCAUGAGUAUUUUAGCUCAACUUGCUGAUGUGUAAAUCUCUUCUUAACAGAGCAACUAAUACACACUGAAACUACAUGUAGAAUUUAUAAACACUCUGCUGACCACAGAGAAAGGGAAGAUCUGCGAUUCCCUCUCUCUCUCUAAUUUCUGAGAGUGUUUUUACAACCCCGAAAUGGGAAUAGUAAAGUUCUUGGCUUGCUAUCUCUGGCUAGGGUUCAAUCCAUAACAGAUUAAAGAAAAAAUUUAGUGGAAUAGGAGAGUAAUUCUUUGUUUCUCUAGACUCAACUGAAUUAUCAAACCUUGCCAGGUUCCCAUGCACAAUGCCAUGUUGUCCUUGUGUUAUAUCUAGUUUGACAGACUUCAGCCCUUUUGGACUGAAGUUUUCCAUGUCAGCAGCCAUCCUUUCUUUGACUUAAAUUUAAUUUUUUGCUAAAAAAAUCAGCCAUUUGAUUCUAAGCUCAGACUCGUUAAUGAAAAAGCAUGGGGAAAAAGUUGCUAUACAGUUCUUCUCAAGGAAUAGUGCCUUUCAAUGGCAAUACAGCUAAAGGACACGUGGGUGGAAACCAGUUGCCAUAAACCACAAGCACCUAGAGUCACUUUAGAUGCUCUGUGCUAUCUUGCCCAUCACCGCCAUCAUCUUGAAUCUGUAGCUCAAUUUCCAGGAUCAGAGUUCCCCCAGAUGUCUCAUAGACUGGGAAUCCCAUAGCAAUUUAGCCACUACUUGCCUUUGGGUGAUUUUCAGCUACCUGGACCAAACUUACCCCAGAAGAAAUGCCCCAGACUGGAACUCCUGGCUGUAAUAGAACAGCUGUUGCUUUACAGUUUCUCUUAUAGACAUCUGUACAGUAGCCUACUGUAUGUAUAGCAGGCUGUCAGCAAAAGCUCAGUCACAUCCUCAGCUCUUGGAUACAUGCAGGGCUCCUGUCUGGGGUGUGUUUCUUUAUCAUGACUAAGAAGUGAUCACAUAUACUCAGAUUUCAGGGAUGUGCAAUCAGUACAGACUCUUCAGUUAUUAUUCACUGCAAGUGUAGAUACUGAUUGACAGCUUUAGAAAUGACUGUAAAUAUUUUAUGCCUUGAAUACUUUGUCAGAGUCAUACAGCUAGGUAGGAUUUACAGUAAAAGUGGGAAGUGUAAUUCUGAUGUAAGGAACUUCUAAGGCUUUCAUCUAAGCAUUUCCAACAACAAUUUAUGGUUUAACUUACAGUCUCUCAUAGGAGUUCUGCCAAUUUUUACAAGUAUGUUGUGUGCAUAAAGAUAAGGAAACAAAGAGAGAGAAUGUGUUAAAAUGUAUCAUAUGCAAGUUUUCUAACUUCCAGAUUUAGUGUGGUAUACCAUAGCCAAUGAUCCCUCUUGGAGGAAUGGAUGCAAUAUAAUUUUCUACACUGAUCUAUAAUCAACAUCU